AUGAUAAGAUACGCGCUGAUCUUAGUUGGUGGUUUCGGUACUCGACUCAGACCUUUGACUUUAUCAUGGCCUAAACCACUGGUAGAGUUCUGUAACAAGGCUAUGAUCUUGCAUCAAAUCGAAGCUCUUGUCAAGGCCGGAGUAAAAGAUAUUGUGCUUGCCGUCAACUACCGACCUGAAGUUAUGGUUUCAGUACUUAAAAAGACUGAAGAAGAAUUCGGUAUCAACAUUCAUUUCUCAGUUGAGACUGAACCGUUAGGUACUGCUGGUCCUCUCGCUCUCGCUAGAGAGAUCCUGGGAAAAGAUGAUACACCUUUCUUCGUCCUCAAUUCUGAUGUCACUUGUAUCUACCCUUUCGAAGCAUUCCGAGACUUCCAUAUUGCUCAUGGGUGUGAAGGUUCAAUCAUGGUAACUAAAGUUGCUGAACCUUCAGCAUACGGUGUCGUAGUCACCAAACCUGGUUCUACAGUCAUUGAUCGAUUCGUGGAGAAACCAGUGGAGUUCGUCGGUAACAGAAUUAAUGCUGGUAUCUACAUUUUCAACCCAAGUGUACUGGAUAGAAUUCAACUUCAACCAACUUCUAUCGAGAAAGAGGUCUUCCCUGCCAUUGCCGCCGAUCAUCAAUUACAUUCCUUCGACCUUCCCGGUUUCUGGAUGGAUGUUGGUCAACCCAAAGACUACUUGUCAGGAACCUGCCUUUACCUCUCUCACCUUACAGCUCAACACUCACCUCUUCUUACCGAUCCCAAACAAAACAAAUGGGUAUAUGGCGGUAACGUCUUGGUAGAUCCUACCGCCGAGAUCGAUCCUACUGCUGUUAUCGGACCUAACGUAGUUAUUGGACCUGAUGCAAAGAUUGGUCCAGGAGUAAGACUUCAAAGAUGUGUUAUCAUGUCAAACGCAACUGUCAGAGAUCAUUCUUGGAUCGCGAACUCUAUCGUUGGAUGGAACUCUAAUGUCGGACGAUGGACUCGGGUUGAAAACAUCACAGUCCUUGGAGAUGACGUUACCAUAAAAGAUGAACUUUAUGUCAAUGGUGCUUCAGUCUUACCUCAUAAGAGUAUCUCUACUUCAAUCACUGAACCUCGAAUUGUCAUGUGUAAGUUUUGUUUCACAGUUGCGGUUUACAAGAAUUGGUUGAACUGA